UUUCACCAAGAAAUGCGAAAACUAUGUGAGUGCAAAUGAGGAGACCGCAGAAAACAUUAAAAUAUUUCUGAAGUCUCUAUAUGGCGUGAUUAAAGGAACAGAAGAGUCGGAGGGCCUUUCAAGUGGUGAGACCCUUCCUGAACUGAUUGUUGACAACUUUGAUGAAGAGCAAAUUUGGCAGGAAUUAGAACUUCAAAAUGAGGCUCGGGUGGACUCUCUGGUUGGCAAUGUUGCAAGAUUAGUUGCACAAAAAGACAAGUUUUCCAUUGACAAAGGUUUUGGACAAAAAGCCAGUGGAAAAGAUGGAAAUAAAGUCAAAGUUAAAAAGUCCAGCACCACUGAAGCUUAUGAUGAGGAGAAGGAAGAUAAUGAUGAUGGAGACAGUGAUGAUAAUGAUGAUGAAGAUGCUUCAGAAAAUGACCUUGAUUUUUCCCUAGACGAUAAUGAUUUGGAAGAUGAAGAAAUUGGCGAUGAUAUGGAUGAAGAGGAGGAUAUUGGUGAUGAUGAUGAAAUUGAUGAAGACCUCACUGACGCCUCGGAUGAUGAACACAAAGAGAAAUCAAAAUCUAAAAAAGUUAUGCCACGAAAGUUUAGUACCCCCUCUGCUGUUGAUGAUAAAUUCUUUAAACUAUCAGAAAUGGAAGAGUUCUUAGAGAGGGAAGAACGUGAGGAUUUUGAUGACGGGGACGAUUCAUCUGAAGAUUCAAUUGAUUUGUUUGAUGACAUGCCAUCAGAUGAAUCCGAUGGUGGGGAAGAGGAAGAUGAUGAUUCUCAAGAUGAUAGCAAAAAGCCUCACUACUCCGACUUCUUUGAUGCCCCAGAUCAAGAAGAUCAAGAUAACAUUAUAUCUCCUGAGAGUAAAAGUAACAAACCGGAUAAAAAGAGAAAAGUGAAAUUUAACUUGGGAGGCAUUUCUGAGGAUAAUAGGGAAGAGGAACAUAAUAAAUCAGAUAGUGAAAGUGAUAAUGAUUUGGAAGAUUCACUUGACGAUUCUAGUAAAGGUGGAAAGAAAUCUUCAUAUGAAAUUCGACAGGAGAGACUUCAAGCCAAAAUUAAAAAACUUGAGGAGGAAGCUCUGUCUGAAAAGCCCUGGCAACUCAGAGGAGAAAUUACUGGUGAAAGUAGGCCUGAAAAUGCAUUGCUAGAGGAAGCUUUGGAAUUUGACCUCACUCAUAGGCCAGCUCCUGUAGUAACAGAAGAAACCACACAGAGAUUAGAGGAUAUUAUAAAGCAAAGAAUCAAAGACAAGGCAUGGGAUGAUGUUGAAAGGAAAGUUAAGCCAGUAGAAGUUUCUGAAUUCAAGAAAAAAUUAGUUCUGGACCAGGAAAAGAGUAAACAAAGUCUUUCUCAGGUGUAUGAACAAGAAUAUUUGAAGCAAGUUGAAGCCAAAAAUCCUGACACAAGUGACAAACCAGAGGAAAUACCCAAAGAGCACAUUGAAAUCAAAGCCAUGGUUAACUCCCUGUUCCGAAAGUUAGAUUCUCUUUCAAACUUCCACUUUACUCCGAAACAGGUUGCUCCUGAGGUUAAAAUUGUUACUAACAUUCCUGCAAUUAACAUGGAAGAAGUAGCACCUGUUGCCACUAGUGAUGCUACAUUGUUAGCCCCCGAAGAGGUCAAAGCUAAACCAAAAGGUGAUAUUAAAAGUCAAGGGGAAAAGACAGAUACUGAUAGAAAACGGGAGAGAAGACAGAAAAAGAAGCAUCAGCGACUUGUUGGUAGAGAGCGUGAGAAAAGAGAGGCAACUGUAGCCAAAUUAAAACCUGGUCUUGGCAACAAAUAUAGCAAAGAAAAAGCUGUGAAAAUGUUAGAAAAACUUAGUAAAGACAGCAAUGUUAGUUUGAUUGAGAACACUCGCGGAGCCCCGGCUGUCAAAUCAUCGAGUAGCUUCUUCUCGCAACUGCAAGAUGAAGUUACUUCACAAAUGAAAGAUAAAACUAAGAUUGUAAAGAAACGUAAAGCUGAUACUAAAUCUUUGUCAGCAAAACGUCUAAAACUAUAGGUUGCCACUUAAUUCAGUAUGUAAUUUUAAGAUGAGCUAUGUUUAGAAAAUACAAUAUUGUUGAAUUUUAA